CUAACAAUUUGGUGACCUCGACGUGAUACUCUCAAUCAGCAAGGUGUCGUGGUUCCUUGUGUCAGCCCGUAUAACACCCCAGUGAACCCGGUCCCAAAACCGGAUGGCACAUGGCGCUUCACUCAAGACCUACAUAAAAUAAAUGAACUCAUCGUUCCCGUGGCUCCAGUGGUCCCUGACGUUCCUUCUCUUAUGUCUUCUAUUCCGUGUGACCAUGCUUAUUUCUCUGUGAUUGAUUUGUGCUCUGCCUUUUACAGUGUUCCUGUGGGCCAUGAGACUCAGCCCCUGUUUGCUUUCACACACAGGGGAAGACAAUACACGUGGACGCGGUUGCCACAGGGUUUCAUUGACUCACCGGCGGUCUUCACUGCCGUAUUGCGGGAUGCGCUGGCUGAUCUCUGUCUUCCCCGGGGCUCCACAGUGCUCCAGUACGCGGAUGAUCUCCUGGUAACGGCGGAGGAUCAAGACGCUUGUGCUGCCGCCACAUUGUCUCUCCUCACACUCCUGGCGCAGAAGGGUUUCAAGGUCUCCCGCAUGAAGUUGCAGUUUUGCCUCACAACUGUUCACUACUUGGGACAUGACCUCUCCCAGGGUUCCAGGAGGCUUAGCCCGGAACGCGUUCAAGUCAUUAUGGACACUCAGGUGCCUGCAACCAAGCACGCUCUCAUGGCAUUUCUGGGCCUCAUCAAUUACUGUCGUCAAUGGAUCCCUGACUGUUCAAUCUAUGACAAGUGUUUGCGUUCAGCUAUAAGUCACUCAGAUCCUUUGACUCAGCCCCUGGUCUGGACUGAGGACAUGCUAACGGCCUUCAAGGCUCUGAAGCAAGCUUUGUGCUCCGCCCCUGCUCUCGGGCUGCCGAACUAUCGUUUGCCGUUUCACCUGUAUGUGUGCAAUCAGAAGGGGACCGCCUCUGGGGUGCUGGCUCAGGAGCACGGGGGGGGGGCAUACGACCUUGCGCGUUUCUGUCUAAAACUCUUGACGCUGUGGCACAAGGGCUUCCUGGCUGUCUUAGGGCUGUUGCUGCGUGUGCUCUCAUGGUCACGGACGCUGAAAAACUUGUUUUGUCGCAUCCGCUCAUUUUACACACUUCACGUGACGUCGUGUACAUUCUGCGGAAUCUUAGCACUCAGCAUUUGUCUGCUCAGCGUCGCUCUGGCUAUGAGUUUAUUCUUUUGGCCACAGAGCAUCUCACUGUUAAGCCCUCCUCGUCGUUUGAUUCUGUCGCCCACGCUCUUCAGCGUCUUCUUAACUCACAGGAUGACGAUGUAGCGUUUGACUCACAUGACUGUCUUUCUAAUAUCGUUUUUGAGACUAGCAUCCGCCCAGACUUACACUCCACCCCUCUUUCCACAGGCGAUUCUCUUUUUGUAGAUGGUUCCUGUUCCCGCCCUGCGGAUGGUGUGUUCCUGUGUGGUUACUCUGUUUGUCGCCUCCCUGAUGAAAUUGUUGAAGCUCAUUCUUUGCCUUUUUCUUCUGCUCAGGCUGCGGAGCUCUAUGCUUUGACUCGCGUGUGUAUUUUGGCUCAAGACACAGAUGUUACUAUUUACACCGACUCACGCUACGCUUUCGGCGUGGCGCACGACUUCGGCCGCAUUUGGGCAUCUCGGGGGUUUACGACAGCCGACGGUAAGCCCAUUUCUCAUUCUUCACUUGUUACUGAUUUAAUCACCGCCUGUCUCCUUCCGUGCACGUUGGCCAUUGUUAAGACACGCGCGCACACAAGAGGGGACUCAUUUGAAGUAAAGGGCAAUUCAUUCGCUGAUCGAGUCGCUAAAGCUGCAGCCGCAUCCGGUGUCCUGCCUCCAGGCUUUAACUGCGCUUUAGUUUCUACUGAUCGCAUGGUUAGCGCUGUCUUACCUGACAUAGAUCUCAUUUCUAUCCAGGCCUCGGCCUCUGUGGCAGAUACGCAGUUCUGGGACGCCCAGGGCGCGACAGAGAAGAGUGGCGUUUUGCUUGACGCACAGGGCCGUCUUUGUUUACCUCGUCACUGUACUCCCUUUCUCGUCCGCGAGUUCCAUGGUCCCACUCAUCGCGGCCGAAGAGGGGUAGUGGAGGAUAUGAACAGAACAUUCUGCAUCAAUAAUUUGCACACAGACGCACACAACAUUCUGGACAAGUGUUUAACGUGCGCCCAGAAUAAUCUAUCUAAACCAGGCGCGGUACAUCAGCACCUUCCCAUACCCGACACGCCUUUCCAAGAAUGGCAGAUCGACUUCACUCACAUGCCAAAGCAGGGCCCGUUCAAAUACCUUUUGGUCAUGAUUGACAAAUUUUCACGGUGGAUUGAGGCUUUCCCGUGUAGCAAAGAGAACGCCCGAACAGCAGUGAACAAACUUACACAGGAAAUUAUCCCACGUUACGGUCUUCCGGUAGGAAUUGACUCUGAUAAGGGAACGCCGUUCACCUCUAAGGUAACGCAGGAGCUAUGUAAAGACCUCAAGAUCAAUUGGCGUUUUCAUAUCCCAUACCAUCCACAGUCCUCUGGCAUUGUGGAGCGCGCGAAUAGAACAAUUAAGGGUAAGUUGCGUAAGGCUAUGCAAGACGCAGGCACGAAAAAUUGGGUCCAAGUUUUACCGUUGGUCCUCGCUGAUAUGCGCAUGACUGCUCAGGUCGCUCUCGACAAUUUAUCUCCGUACGAGCUCGUCAUGGGACGCCCCUUUCCUGUCCCUUGGCGUAGAGGCAUGCAGGUUAUAGGAACGGGUGAUCUUGAAGUACAUCUCAGCGAGUACGCGGUGGGUCUCAUGCGGGUGCUGGAUGAGUAUUGGGUGAGAGUAAAUUCCAAAAAGCCUCCCAUUCCAGAGGCACACACUCACCCCUUUGAGGUAGGGGACAGAGUUUUAGUAAAGAGAUUUGCUAAACUAAACGCUCCCAUGGAGGAGUCACCCUACAGUGGGCCCACCGAUGUACUCGCUGUAACUCGCACGGCUGUGCUAACGGACCUUUUUCCACAGUGGAUCCAUGCCAGCAGAAUAAAGAAGGCUCCAAUGUAAUAGAAAUCUAUAUUGUUGAUGCUUAACAGACUUUUGUGUUUCAGAAA